GCAUUGGCUUAUUUUCAAAUAGUUCAGUUCGUUCUAUAGAACCAUCGAAAUCGACCGAGAAGAUGAUAAGUGUGGGUCAAUUCGUCAGUUUGGCACUAAUUGGAAUUGCGAUUCCUCUGACUCAAACGCUAACACUAAUCGAGAUGACCGGCAUGGUAACGCGGUGCGCCUCUGGACAAAAUUUCACCGAAGCCGCCAUCCCAGGUCUCCUCAAUGCUCAGUACUCGGAUGACCAGGCGACCAAGUGCUUUCUUCGAUGUUUGGGUCACGAAUUGAAAAUCUAUGACGACGCGAACGGAGUCAAUAUGCACGACGUGUGGAUCCUUUUGCGCCAGGGUCGUAAGGAUGAAGAGGAGAAGGAGUUUGCCGAAUCGCACGCCAAAUGCGUCAAAGAAAAUUUGUCCAAAGUCGCGGCGGAUGAUUACUGCGGGAGAACUUACGCAACCUACAUUUGCUUCGCUGACGAUUGGAUCCCGCUGGUUAAAGAGUUGGUUGGUGUGCCUUCCAUAGGCAGCGUGUUUGGGAUUUGAAGUGUGGAAAUAAAGUUAAAAGAUCUUCUUGGCUUGGACCACGUUGACGGGAAGAAAUGAGACGUGGUUCGAUGAUUUAUCUAUUUGAAAAUAUACAAGAUGGGUACGAUAUCUCUUCUAAUCGCA